ACGCCGGAAGUCGCCUCUGGCGUGCCAGAAGAAAGCAUCACAACCUCCAAGGGCGCGCUGCAUCCAACAGCGAGGCGGCCUGGGGUUCAGUCUCCAGAGGUUUUGUCACUUGCUCUGCGUUGUGGGGGGAUUCCCUGACGCCGGCCUCCCAAAUACACGACGAAUGAAGGCUGGCUCAAUCCCGCGCCCCCGCCCCGGCAUUGCAAGAUGGCUCGGUGUUGUUGGGCUGUACGGAGCAUGCGUCUAGUUCCGAACAGCCCCCCCCCUUUAAAAACCAAGGGAUGGUGCUCAGCCUGGAUGGCAGUGACAGCAAGCUGGGGCCAUCCAAUGACGGCCGAGCGACCCUCCCCAUGAAUGGCUUUUGUGUGCGACUGGCAGGAAGAGAAAGGGAGGCCAGCAACAAGUGCUGCGCCUGGGCUGCCCGCCCGCGCUCCUGCCGGCGCCGACGCCCUGGGCUGCGCCCCAGAGUGGCUGCGCCGUGUGGGGGGCAAGGGACGCUCCGGGGCUGGAGGGACUCGGAACGGGCCGGGGAGCGGGACUGCGCGGACCGCAGCUCAGGUUUACUUGACUGCCUGUCCCUACCCUGAAAGACGAGAGGCGUGAGUAGUUGGCUAAGCCUUAUCCAAACUUGUUGCGGAUCAGCCACUAUCUGAAGAAUGCAUUGUGGAUGUUCCCAGCACAAAAGAUUGUGAGAGAGGCUCACUUUAUUUGCCUUAGCAGCCAUGCAGAACUGCAGACUGCUGAUUGGAUGACCAGCAUGUUUCUGGCAGCUGCACCAUCUUGGCCUGCGCUGUUCUUCUGCUCUCAAACUCUCUUCUGUCUUCUCUUCUGCACCCCUUCCUGUUGUUGUACCUCCUGCCCUGACCAGUGUCAGUGUACCAACUACUCUGGAGCAACAGCUGUUCUUUGCAGUGCUAGCAACCUGCAAGAGAUCCCAAGGGACAUCCCCAAAGACACUAUGUUUUUGAAGCUAGAUGCGAAUAAAAUCACUGCCGUCCCCAACAGCACAUUUAAGCAUCUUGCCCACUUGCAAGAGAUAGACCUCUCCAAAAAUGCCAUUGAGAAGAUUGAUUCUGCAGCAUUUAAAGGGGUUGCUGAUGGCCUGAGGUUGCUCGAUCUCUCGGGCAACCAUAUACAGAGAAUCCCAAAGGAAGCCCUGGCCAACUUGAAUGCCAUGAUUCGCCUAUCCAACAAUCCCUGGCAUUGUGAGUGUACUUUGCAGGAAGUCUUGUGGGAAGUGAAACUAGACCCAGAGUCAGUCAAUGAGAUUACUUGCCAAACGUCUGUGCAAGAGGAAUAUGCUGGGAAGCCUCUGCUCCAUAUCCUUGAUUCCGGCAUCAAUUUGUGCAACAUACAUGAGAAGACCACUGACGUUGCCAUGUUUGUUACCAUGUUCAGCUGGUUUACAUUGGUGAUUAGCUAUGUGGUUUACUAUGUUCGGCACAAUCAGGAAGAUACAAGGAAGCACCUGGAAUACCUGAAAUCACUGCCGAGCACAAGGGUUCCUAAAGAAACCAUCAGCACUAUUCUGUAACCAGGAGAACUGACCCCAAGCUACACAUCCAGUUUUCUAAAGUCAAGAACGUUGGGUGGGGUCUAGGACUUUUAUUUCCUACUUCUUCUCUGAGGACUUUUCUAAGUUUUUAUUUUUUGUUUUGUUUGUUUUGUUUUUUAAGAAAGCAAAAUGUUUAAUAUAAAGUGGGGGAAACUUUGUCAUUGUUAUAACUGUACUAAAAAUGUCCAAACCAAAGUUUCCCAUCUUUUCUGCUGUGUUACCCAUAGUGGAGUCCCAGCACAAACCAGACAGAGCUCUAAAAAGAGAUCUGCUUUCCAGGAGAACACUGGACUGUUGAACAUGAACACCAAGCAUCUGCAGUCAAGACCUGAUCAUGAAGCUCCUUAGUGGAACCACCAAAAGAUCUUGACAAGUGUGCUAAUGAUCUCAAUUAUGACUGUGGUUGACUUUUGUUUGAUACUUUAAGUUAGUACCACUCUCAAGAGUUUGUUUGUUUUUAAAUCUGCCCUUCCUCCAAAUUCUUAACAUUUUGCAAACAUAAUUUAACAGGAUCUGUUUUCUUGUGUUGCACAAAGGGUAAAUGCUUCCCUUAGGCUUGCCUACUUCAGUGCAUAUGGAGCCCAUAUCUCUUCACUCUGAUUCAAACCUGUCUUCAGUGAUUCCCCUGCUAAAAGAGGCAUGGAAAAGAGUCAGAGAAGAAAUUUGAGCAGGUUUCAGUGAAUGAACACUGCUGAACAGUAUAUGUCCUAUGAAAAGUGGAAACUUGAGAGUGAAAUUGCCUAUAUCUAAAUAUUCCUGUUUCUCAUAUACCACCCAUUCUUCAUGAACUUGUUUUAUGAUACAGCUGGGGCUGGAGUCUGAGAAGGCGGAAUCAUGCUGUAGAGGCUGUAUGUACAAUACACAAAAUGAAUAUAGCAAUGGCAGCUCCCUAAAUCUUUCUAGGUGAUAAAAAAGCUAGGUGACAGCCAACUUCAGUGUUUGAUUUUUUAAAAAAAAAGGUUAUUUGAUUAAGAUGUAAUUAUGAAGGAAAUGAAAUAAAGUUCUAAAUCACUCAUAAAACUAUUAAAGAAUCAGAACUUCCGUUCCCAUAGGUUCCCGGAGUGCGUUGCCAAGGCUUGUAACUUUUUAACUGUCUGUAUUCUUCUUGAAAAAUAGGCUUCCCUUACACUCGUGUUGAUAGAAAUAACAACGUAAUCAGAAGUGGUUUAGGUCUCUGGCUGCAGAGUCAGAGGCUGUGAGUUCAAUUUCCCCCUGUGCCUCCUUGACGGGCUGGACCCUAUGAGCCAUAGGGUCACCACCAGCUCUGUAGUUCUAAGGUUAAGAUUCUAAGAUGAAGAAGCACAGAAGGCCAGGAGAAUGGGAUGGUGUCAGCUUUAGAAAGAGCAGGCUUUAGGGGCAUUUUAUUGGUUUUUUUUUCUUUUCAGAUGAUGAUCUUUAUUAUAGAAUUUGUGCACCUUUGCUGCUGAUUAUUUUUCAGGUGCCUGCAGUCUCUUCCUUUCUCCAGUAUAGCAUUUUGACUGGGAGAUAUCACUCAACCCACCACUCAGAUUGUUCUGCCACGGUGCUGGAAAAAAAUGAUUCUCUUCCCAGUUAAAAGAAAGGGCUGUAUAGAGUAAGGGCAAGGAACAUGUGGUCCUCCAGCAUUUAUUGCACUGUAACACCCAUCAGCCUUAUCAAGCAUAGCCAAUAGUGGGUAUAUAUCUACAAUAUCUGGAAGGCUAUAUCCAUCCCUGAUGCAGAAUGAGAUUCCAUAGGGGGCAGGCAGCAAGCAGCUAAUAGCAAUGACACUGCUUGUGAUGAGUCACACAGGUCCUUGGAUUAAUCUGUUAACUUUUAAAAAAUGGUGGCUGUGCAUCAGUUGGCUGUUCUUGCUACAGUACUGAAGUCCUAAUCUAUGCUGCUGUUUCAUCAUCAUCACCGUCAUUAAACUUCAGAGCUGGAAGGGAUCCUCUUUAAAAUAUUUUUAAAAAUCAGAAAAGCCAUUGUCCUGAGUCUUCUGUUUCAGGGAUGCCCUCUUCUUUGAUAUCUCUAAAUGUUUUUAGGUUCAAAGUUAUAGAAACAUUACACUGCUUGCUUACAGCCAUGGUAUCUAAUACACAUGACACAGAAAGAAAAUGAGAUGGAGAAGAAUCAGAAAAGGAAACAAAUCCAGACACUAGUUUGUUGCUGUUGUUGUUGUCCCACACCCAGCAUAUUUACUGCAUGGAUAUUAUACUCUCCAGGGCACAUUGUUUACGACCUAGGAAAAGAAACCCUGCUGGCUGCUGCUAGAUUUAUUUCUCUUCCCAUUGCACAUCUAUGAAACAUACUCCCAAAUUGCUCCCACCAAGCUUACUACAAAAAGAUACCAGGUUUACCCUAAGCUGAGUAAAUUGGAGGGGUAGUCUGUAAAGCUGUGUUUCCCCGAAAAUAAGACAGAGUAUUAUAUUAAUUUUUGCUCCAAAAGCGCAGUAGGGCUUA